GCGCUGCAGUUGGCCGUGCACCUGUACGACGCGCUGGACUACUGGCAACAGUCCCAAUUUGGAGGGGCGAUUGCUGUGCACAAUGGUACGCAAACCGAGCCGGAGGAGGAGCAAGCUGGCACCCUACAACGUCCUCUACGUGAACGAGCAGAACAGGAGGGGGAAGCGGAUGAGCCCCAACAGCGGGGGAAGACCAAUGCUACAGCCACCCGCAAGUGGAGAGGACUGGCGGGAACAACCGCAAGCCAAGCCGAAGCUGUGCUGGGGAGUCUGGACCUCACCGACGUGGGGGAGGCCACACUCCCAAACCAACCUGGAACAGUGGCCUCGCAAGCCACUACUGUGCCAUGGCUGCCAGCACCUGCAAUGGACGCCGCGGGGGAGCUUCCCGAUACAGUCCCCGAGGAUGGGGGAGACAAGGACACCAACGGGGAGAGCUCCUGUGAGGAAGAAGCCAUUUCGAUGGAGUUCCCCAUGUUCACCAUUCCAGUCGAGACACUGCUGAAGAUGACGACAAUAGAACCGCACGAGGAGCUUCAGGCCCAGGGAUCUCUCGUUGUCUUCGACCGGAGCAUGGGGAACGCAGCUUUCGUGUCGCAUCAGUGGCUGUCGAAGCACCAUCCGGAUCCAGAGCUGAAGCAAUUAAGGGUUCUGCAGGAUGCACUGCGGCAUCUUCUGCAUAAGCUGACCUCUGUUCCCGUGGAUCCGCUCACCGAAGUCUAUGUACCCACGGCUCAGUCUCUCCCACUCCGCGACUUCCAGUCGAAGCUGCUUUAUUUGUGGUACGAUUAUUUCUCCUGCCCGCAGCUUGGGCAAUCAGGUGAGAGCCGGAGGGCGGGCCGCUCGGGGAGUCAGUUAGCUGAUGCAAUCGACAGCAUUCCGGCCUACGUCGCAGAGUGCUCAUACUUUUUGGGGCUUUGCCCUGUGGUUGACUGCCCAGAUGACGGGAGGGUCCUGGGCCCCAUCAGCUGGGCUCAAAGAGGCUGGUGCCGUGUUGAGAGAGUUUUGCGGGAGCUCUCGCGAGACGGCAGCUGGAUCCUCAUUCAAAGCGACGAGUCCUUGGCGCUUGUCGGCACAGAGCUUGCCUUCGUUAGUGGCGCCGUCGGUGAGGGCGAGUUCACGCUGGCGCAAGACCGUUUCAAGCUUGCCCCA